AUGAGUCGAUACUUACAAGAUCCAUUCGAACCCAUCACUAACUAUGAAAUUAAACAAUACAGCCUGCUAGUUGGGACCUAUGAGUACGCCUUCCACGGCCGUCUUGAGCUGCUGAGUUCUGCAAUCUGUGAAAUUAGGCCCUGGGGUGCUGUCUCCUAUCACCGGCGCCUGGCUGCUCAGAAUGAGUUGAGGCGCCAGCAGCACAUAAAGGACGUUUACGCGAGGGUUGAAACCACCGAUGACGAUGUUAUUCAUCAGCGCGAGUACAUCCUGUCAUUGGGAUUUUUCGACUUGCGAGGAGCGCUGCAGAGUGGCUCACUUGGUGCUGUGGAUGUGCUGAACGCAUUUGUCUGGAAGGCAGCACUGGUGCAGAGGGACGUGAACUGUAUCGUAGAUUUCCUGGACGAGGCGUUUGAUCAGGCCAAGGAGCUCGAUUUGGAGUGGAAGCAUACGUCUACUGGUAAACCCCCGCUCUUUGGAAUUCCGUUCAGCGUGAAAGGAAAUUUCUUC